CAGAUCCGGGGAGUGGUUGGUGCGCGCGGUUGUUGCCCGUGUUGCCUUUUGUCGCGUUUUCGAACACGAGCGAUCCGCGGAGCCGCGCGAGUGUUACGCCGAGAAGGAGGCAACCCUCGUCUACCCCGUCGCGGUCGACGCACAUCGCCGUCGCGUGUAUAGCUCGUGCACGAAAAAUGUAAUAUGGCGAUGGUUGCGUCGAACAUGAGCGGCCACAUACAGAAGCAGCUCACCAGGAGCCUCGAGCGGAUCCUGGAGGAGGCGCACCUGAGCGGCGAGCUCAAGCUGAGCGGUCGCAAGCUCAAAGAUUUCCCGAAAGUCGGAAAGACCGGUGCAGCCAAGUACAAUCUCCAGGACACCGUGAUCGCCGAUCUUUCGAAAAAUCGUUUCAGUGAGUUACCGGAGGAAGUUACGGAGUUUCCGUUCCUCGAGAAGCUGCAUCUUUAUCACAAUGCCAUAAGAAUAAUCCCGGAAACCGUCGUAAUUCUCCAAUCUCUGAACUACCUCGAUCUUAGUCGAAACCAAUUGACGUCACUACCUCGAGAGAUAUGCAGGCUACCCCUUCAAACCCUGUUGGUCGCGCACAACAGAUUAGCAUCCCUGCCAGACGAGCUGGGCAGAAUGACGGCGUUGGCAGAACUGGACGCGGGCUGCAACGAAAUCACGACCCUUCCACCUCGAAUCGGCGACCUUGCGCGGCUCCGGUCUCUCGAUCUGAGGAGCAACCUGCUGGUGCACCUGCCUAUAGAACUGACGUACCUGAAGCUCGUGAAGUUGGAUAUUAGCGGCAAUCGAAUAUCUGUGCUUCCGAACGAGAUGAGGAAGAUGAAGAGCCUGGUGGAUUUUCGACUGUCCGACAAUCCGCUGACCUCGCCUCCUGCCUCGCUAUGCAUUCGCGGGCGAACGCAUAUCUUCAAGUACUUGGAGAGGCAAGCAGCGAAGCACGAGAGGGCUCGAGGCGGUCGCGCCAGGCGAACACCUCUGGAUGCGAGAGGUCACGCGACGCUGGACACGAGAUCGCACCGGCGGCACAACGUCGACAGCGGGUACAGCACGAGCGACGGCGUCGACAAACGCUGGUCACAGGAAAUCCACAGCGGGGUGCACGACGGAGAAGUUCGUGGUUUAUGGCGACAGGAAUGUUCACCGCUCUCGAUAACGCUACCGCACGAGAUAAGCAUGAACGGAUCCUGCAGUGGCACGUCGACGCCUAGCACGAUUUCACCUGGGGAACACACGUCCCUGGAAGACGAGUUGGGCAAGGCGAUGAUACUGCACGAUCAGCUGGAAAAGAGGAGAUUGGAGAGAAGCGCAUCGGAAAAUGGGGCGGAUAUUAGAAGACCGAUGAUAUCUGCCCUCACACAUCACACGUCGAUUACGCCACCGGGCCAUCUGGAGUCCACGCAGUUGACAAUACAGUCGCAGCAGAUCUCCACCACCCAAUCGGUACACCCGCUGGUACAGACCACCACAACGAGUCCCGCCGUGCUAGUGAACGGCGACGAUAAGAGGCCAUUAAAUCACAUACAGACGUACAGGGAGUACAAAGAAGCCUUGAAGCAGCAGAGAGCUAACGAGGGUCUGAGUGUGUACAGACCUCGCGAACAAGUGACACCUCCGGGCAACGAAUCGCAUAAUAAUGAAACUGACGCGAGUAAUAAUAAAGAAACUAUCGCGCUAACCGGCAAGCAGAUUUUCAACGAAGACACUACAUUGAAGAGGCCGGUGCAGAAGGUCACUCCGUCGCGGAUUAAUUACCAAAAUACGCCGAUUAUCAACGGCAGUAACAGCGAGUACAACAACAAGAACGGAAAAUAUCUCGAUUCCCAACCGUACAAGAAGCCCAAUUCGCCCAUUAAAACUUCAAGUAGCAUUCUGUCUAUGAACGCGAGUCCAGCGCACGCGCCCAGACUGGUGAAAACUGCUGUUGGUUACGUAGAAGGCAACAAGAGUCCGAGUAGGAACGGCGGGAGUCCGAAAUCUCCGAGAUCCGUCACGUGGAACAGCAAUCUGGCCGAGAAAUACUCUUUUACCAUGAGAAGAGAAAUAGAACGAGCAAAAGAAGAAGCUGAUCUCAUCGAUCAGUUGCGAAAUCAUAUAGAAACGAGAUUGAAAAUGGCACUGCCAGAGGAUCUUGCACCGGCGUUGACGGACGGCGUUGUUCUCUGUCAUCUAGCCAACCACGUCAGACCACGAUCGGUCGCCAGUAUACACGUUCCUUCUCCCGCUGUACCUAAGCUGACGAUGGCGCGAUGCAGACGUAACGUCGAUAACUUUCUCGAGGCGUGUCGGAAGAUCGGUGUCGACGAGGAGGUGUUGUUGGACGCGGACGCAAUCAUGGACGUGGGUUACAUGGACGCGUACGGGCUGGAAGCUCUGGCGCGUCUCGUCUCCGCUCUUCUCCUUGUUCGCGAUGAGGGGGGAAGUGACACCGAAGAGCCGGCCACGGGCUUGUCCCGUACGAUUCAGGACCGCGUUCUGUCCGCGAUGCUUUUCGCCACAUUCCUAUCUACUUUGGUUCUGCUCUAUCUUUUCCCGAUUCCCGAUUAGUGAGACUAUAACGGGAAUGGAAAAAAAAAAACGUGCGUGACACACUCGAAGAAACGAGGAGUUAACAAGGGAAGAGAAAGAGUGCCAGAACGAAAGUCUACGAUGUUGCAAAAUUGCAAUUCUCGGUGUAAAUUCUCUUGAUCUCUUUUUAUGUUUUUGACUCGCACAAACGUUGUUGUGUCAUUUAAUAAUCGUUAUUAAAAAAAAAACCGAGAAUUGCCGUUUUUAUUUAAAUAACAACGACGUACGCGACGCUUUUAGAAUUUAUUUCGCGAAGCGAUAAGGCGAUUUAAUUCUGUUUUUACUUGCGUAUAUAAGAGAGUCGCGACGUCGAGAGAAAUCCUAUCCCCUAAUAUAGUGUUUAAUUAGAGAUCGCAUCAAAAUAAGAAAACAUACGCACAAAAAUGUUCGGUGACUACGAUAUGUUUUGUUUUCUUUUUCUUUCUUUUUUUUUUUUGAUAAAAAAGAUCAGUUGAAUGUUUCAAAGUUCAAAGAGAACGAAGAGGAAGAAAAUUAUCCUUGAUGUCAAAGCACUCUGCGAUUUUUUAAAGUGUCCUUUGAGCGUCUUCUUGCAGAUCGAAAGACGCUUCUUCAUCGUCGUAUUCGGGCACUUUAAAAAAUAUCAGAACAUAUCUUUUGUCACAUAUACGAGAUCGCUGCUAGUCCUCGCCGAGGCAAAGUACUUAGCUUUCGAGAAGAAUUGACUUAUCGCGAUAGUAGCUUUAAAGUAACAAGAGAAGAUGUUCGCUUUUUUUUUUUUAAAUCUUCGCUCGCGCAAGCUUACUCGCUCGACGUACACGCACACAGGCGAGGAAUCUUGUUAUCGGUGGAGUAUUUUUCAAAGAGAUAUAUAGCUCUCUUAAGUGUCAUAAGCAGCUGAAGGUGAAGCAUUUAGUCGGCUAAGUAUUGUAUAAGUUUUAUAUGAUCUUCUUCCUGAUAAGGCCUUGAUUCUUCGUCGACAAUGUAGCGAAACAUGUUAUUUUCCGCAUGGAAGUUAUUCAACUGUGAAGUACGAUUUUCUUAAAGAGCGCGAAACUUUGUUCUCUCGUUAAUUUUCUCCGGGUUUUUUUUACCCCGGAGGGUAGAUUGGUGCAAAAUCAAAGAGCGCAAUCAAAACCGAGGGCGCUCGCAUAUCAGUUUAGUUGUCUGUAAACGUAGAAGACGAAUCGGUUGUUCGAAUUCGGCCGUGCUUGUAAACGUUACAAGUUAGCUGUCGUCGGCUAGGAUUGGCUAGGAUUUUAUCCGCAACGAUAAAAUCAUAUUUUGAUAAAAGAGAACAGUAGUCAAAAUCGAGAGAGAUCUGGUGUGCAAUACUUGUCUAAGAAUACAUACAUAUAUAUAUAUGCGCAUCGUAUGUAUUAUCCCGUUUAUAUAUGACUUAUCCGGAGACUCUUUCUCGGAAAGUAUUUACUGCCUUCUUAUAUACGAUAAAAAAAAAAAAAGCCUCAGAAUUCCAAUUUGUCUUAAACGGUAUUGCAACAUGAUUCUCUAAUAUGCCUGUGUCUGCGGUCGUCUCUCAGGAAUAGCAGAGGAAAGAGCAAGCAGGAAGGAUAAAAAAAAAAACAAAAAAAAAAAGUGAUGCCUUCACACACACAAUGGUAGUAUUUUUUUAAGAUUCGACCAAUAAAUCUCGCCUACGGCUCUUUCGGGAUUGGUGGGUCUGUGAUAGGUAGCCUGCAAGUAUUACAGGAUUCAAAAAGGUGCUAAAGCAAAUCUCUUUUAGUUCGAAGAUUUUCUAUUUUGGUGUGGGUAAGGUUUAACAAGAAGAGUGAGUUUAAACGUUGAAACAGAAAAAACAAAAAAAAGAAGAAAAGAUAAUAUCGUAAUGUUUUAUAUUCGUUUGUUAAAAAAAUAAGUUACAUGUUGGUUGUAAUCAUCGCUUCUCUUGAACGUAAUCUCGUAAUAAGUUAGAUCGAUCAUCGUCUUCGUCGGUAGUUUGAUGUAAACGGAGUAUAAUAAUAUUUUUAUUUAGCGAAGGAGACAAACUAGAACAGAGCACUUUCUUCGAUAUUUCAUCGACCAAACAAUUUCGGUCGUAGUCUAAUAAUACUGUAGUGUAGAUUGACGUUGCUUUGAUCUGGACACACUGACGUGCGCACAUUUGCUCAAAAAUUCCAAUAUAUGUAUUAAAAAUCCAAUAUUUAUUAAAUCAUCUCCAAUAUAUUAAAAAUUUCCAAAAAGUAUCGCGUACUGUAUAUUUAAACAGAUGAGAAAGUACGUUGCUUACUUUUAUUAACGCAAAUAAAAUAUAAAUCAAAUUCGUCCGAGCACUUUGUAUAAUCGAAAUUUAAACGAUUUGCACAAGAAUUAACUCUUAGAAAAUAAUUUACUUUUCAAAAUUAAACAAAAGAGUUAAACACAAACUUAUUGGUCUCAAGGCGGUACAAAGCGGUAAAUUAACAAGAUCAAAGCGGCCGCGAUCGACGUUACAGAUACACGGUAGAGACAACGGUGCCUACUACCUGCCAAUUUAUUUUCAUAAUGACACGAUAAGAACGUAGAGGCAUGUAUUGUUUAUAAUAUAUACAAGCUAAUAUUAUAUAACAUAUAUAUACUCUAUAUAAUAUUGUAAGAGAGAACGCUCUUCGAAACUUUACAAUUGGAACGAGAUAUCUGUCGGAAAAGAAAGAUGCGUUAAUUUUUUGAGAGAAUCAAUAGACUUUUCACGUUAGUUACGUAGUUUCCCGAACACGCAAUUCUUCGAUACCAAUUGUCACACAGUGACAAGUUUUUUUACAAAUAGUGCCAAAUCCUAGUACAAUAUUUGAAACACACACAAUGACAUUUGUACGUAUCUUUAUUUUUUCCGACAAGAUCUUCUGCAGCGUCUAAACGUAAAGCAACAUCCCGAUACGUUAUUCGAGCCAAAUCGAGAGCGGUGGGAUUUUUGAAAAGUCGAGAAGUCUCGAGACUCUUUUUUUCACGAAAGAGAGACGUAGACUUUUUUCCCCACGCAUUUCGCAAGUGGGAGCCUUUAAUGGAUAACCACUUACGUACUUGGAGACUAUCACGUAAGCGCGUAUGUGUGUUUUUUAUACGUAUCGUCGCGAGUCGACCGUGCGUCAUUUUUAAACUUUUAUGCGAUAUGCCAGUAUAUCUUUUUAAAAAGGGAUGAUGCAAGGCGAGCCCGUAAAUCUUCCAUGAUUUUCGUGACUUAAAUUCAGUCUGCGAUUUAUCUUGCCGUGAAAAUAUACGAAGUUUUUCUGAACGUACGUGCGAUAUAAAGCAGCAUUUUGUGCACAGUUUCGCAUUCGAAUGUGUUUCGCAUCUUCUAGUCCAGAACAAAAUAUCUUAUAUUCAUAAGUUAAACUGUCUAUUCUAGUCAGAUCAUUCUUCAUAUCUCUUGUAGUUUUUAUUCUUCUCUGCGCAGUCUGUUCAGAGGAAUGGAGCGUAUUUUAUUUACAACCGAUAAUUGCGCAGGUUUUAUUCAAACUGUCCGUCGAGUUAGUCACUUUAGAGGGGACAACAUUCAUCAUUUUAUCUCUGUUGACACUAGAGAAAACUCGGUGACUUUUUUUAAAUCAACAUAA